AUGGCUGAAAACAACCAUGAUUAUUUUUCUACAAGCCUUCUAUGUAUGGAGACCAAGAGUAUUUGCUUUGAUGAUGAUGAUUCACUACCCACAGAUGAGCAUUCCUAUCAAUCGUAUAGCGAUGAAAACUUCAUCUCUGACAAUGGCAGAUCAGAACCAUUCAUUGAUUUGCCAAGUCUCAGUGAAGAGAGCUUUGCGAUGAUGGUGGAGAGGGAGACCCAACAUUCCCCACAAGCUGAUUAUCUCAGGAAACUGACAAGUGUUGACUUGUUGUUGAGUAUGAGAAUAGAAGCUUUUGAUUGGAUUUGGAAGGUUCAUUCCCAUUUUGGCUUUGGAGUGUUAAGCUUUUGUUUGUCAAUAAUGUACUUGGACCGCUUUCUCUCUGUUUAUGAACUGAAUGGAGGUCAAACUUGGACGGUGCAAGUGUUAGCUUUGGGAUGUUUGUCACUGGCAAUCAAAAUGGAGGAGAUUUAUAUUCCAUGGGCUAUGGAAUUAAAGGUGGUGGAACCCAAGGUUUUUUUGGAAGGUGAAUCCAUUCAGAUAAUGGAAUUACAUGUAAUGAGUACAUUGAAGUGGAGAAUGCACUCUUGUACACCAUGCACAUUCAUAGACUAUUUUCUGAAGAAGUUUAAUGGUGAUCGUCAGAUCACUUCAGGGCCUUUGAUUUCAAGAUCAAUGCACCUCAUUGCAUGCACAAUGAAAGGUAUUGAGUUCUUGGAAUUCAGGCCAUCUGAAGUUGCUACAGCAGUAGCACUGUUUGUUUCAAAGGAAAUGCAAUCAACUAUAGACCUUGAUAAUGCCCUCUCUUCUUGUUUCACACAAGAAGCCCUAAAGGAAAGAGUGAUGAAGUGUUAUGAACUGAUCCAAGAUUUGGCUUCAAGUUUGGGUCCAAAUUGGGAGUUGGAAGCUGAUGAAAGUUCAUCUGUAGAUUCUUCACAUACUAAUCCAUGCAAUAAAAGGAGGAGAGCAGAUAUGACAAAAUCUAGAGUGAGGGCCAGAGAAGAAAGUCCUGGAACUGAUUUUUCUCAGACUUAG